AGCUUGCUUAACAGUGGUUGGUUCUAUAUCCGGAAGUACGUUUUAGCGGGGCGGGUUUUGUAAAGGGUCAUCGCAGGCAACUUGUGUGGUUUUCUAAUUCUUGAGAAAUACGUCUAUCUUUUUUCAUGGAAUCACCUGAAAAAGAGGAGCCGUUCCUGCGGCAUGUGGAGGUGGACGUGCUCAUCCCCAAACUGAUGCGGGAGAAGGCCAAGGAGCGCUGUGUGGAAACGGUGGAAGCUUUCACCCACUGCUGUAAGGAAAGCGGGUUCCUGAUGGUGUUGAAAUGCCGGGAGCAGAACGCUGCGAUGAAGGAGUGCCUAACUGCUCAUUACAGAGAUCCAGCAUUUUUCGAAGAGUGCAAGCAGCAGUACAUCAGAGAGAAGUUGGAGUAUCAGAAGACAGGGAUACCUGCGAAGAACAGGACGGCGAAAGUGCCCACGAGCAUGUAGGCCCGUGUCCGUCUGGGGAGGGAGCUCGUCUGCACUUUCGCCUUUUGUGUGUAAAAUGGAGAAAUUUAAGAAACAAAGCUUUGCCCUUUUGACUUUUGUGAUCAUUUCCAGCUCCUGUGAGGCAACAGGUAUAUAGCAUAUCUAUGCUCAGUGCAGACCCUUGUUUUAUUUCAUGUUUGGUACAGAAAUAGCUGGUCUCAU